UAGUUCAGCUCCGCCCAGCUCUGCAUCCUUCAUUCCCUUCUCCAAACUGCCAAACUGUUUUCUUUUUUUUCCCCCUUCUCCUUUGCUUGCUUUUCACGCUUCUCACCCCUCCCCAUAAGUUGCCCUUGCUGGGAGGGGGUCUCCAGCAGCCUAAGGAAGGAAGGCAGCAGCCUGGGGAAUAGAUCUGGUGGGUUUCUUCAGUCCAGUUUCCUCUCUUCCCUUCCACCCUUUUCCUUUCCUCCUCCUGUUGCAAGCUGAAAUGAAACUGGCUGAGGGGUUGUUGGGAGGACCGAACAGCUCAAUCUCUUGAUAAAGGGAAUUUAUUUUAUUUUAUUUUUCUUCCUGAUUCUCCCACCGGAAAGGAUUUGCUAUGGGAGCGAGGGACCGGGAUGCCAGGCAGUCAAGAAACUUUUACCCUCUCGAUUUGCUAGCUUUGUUCGGACUUUGAAAAAAAAAAAAAAUUCCUCUUCUACAGCCUCAAAAGUUUCCGGAGUUUUAUUUGCACAACCUGGAUCUGUGUGUCUGGGUGAGCAAGGGAAAAAAAAAAUAAUACUCCAGACAAGAAGUCAAUACUUUAGAAGAGAAAAAAAUAAGAAGUUCCUUCCAUUUUUUUUUUUUUAAAGAUUGGCAAGAGACACUUUUUUUUUUUUUUUUGAUUGAAGCCUGCAAAUGCCUUUUUUUCCCCCCAUUUUCCUCCGGCCAGAGGGAUAAGAAUUGCCCGGCCUGCCAACCCAAGACGAAAGCUGCUGAACAGUUUGUUGUUGUUGUUGUUGUUUUGCAAAGCCCCGAAGCUUAAGGGAAAAAGAACAUUGUCUGAUUUCAACCAGAUGGCAGGCUGGUAAAAAAAGAAGAAAAAGAAGGAAAAAAAAAAACCCGAGAAAGAAGAAAAGAAGGGGGAAAAGAAAGAAAGAAAGAAAGAAAGAAAGAAAGAAAGAAAGAAAGAAAGAAAGGGGGAGAAAAGCCCCUACCGAGUUUCCAAGAUGGGCACUGCCAUUUGUAGCAGAAGACAGAAAGGUUUUUUGCAAACGGGGUUUUGCUUCUUAGCGCUCGCCUGCCUGGGCUCUGGAGUUCUCCUCUACAACCAUCUCCAGCGGAAGGUGAAGGCUGCCGAAGACUCAGCCUCCAAAUUCAAACAGCAACAGGAAGCUCUUUCCGCCCAGCUGCAAGUCGUUUACGAACACCGAUCCCGCCUUGAACGUUCCCUGCAGAAAGAACGCAGCGAGCACAAGAAAACAAAAGAAGAUUUUUUAGUAUACAAACUGGAGGCGCAGGAAGCACUCAAUAAAGAAAAGCAAGAUUCCAUGAACAGAUACGGCUCCUUAAGUUCACAACACAAGAUACUGAAGAACCAGCACGAAGAAGUCAAGAAGCAGUUCCUGGACCUGCAACUGCAACACAACGGGCUGAAACUGGAGCAUCGCAAGGCGGUGGAGACCCACAUCCAGAGAUACUCCCAGCUGCAACGGGAGAAGGACAACGAGGUGGUGGGAUUACAAGAUACCGUUUUUAAACUAAGGGAGGAGAGCAAGCUACUUCGGAAAGCCCACCAGGACGUUCACUCGCAGCUCCUCAACGCUCAGGUUCAGAUGGAAGAGUUCCGGAAACUCAAGGAAACCCUUCAGAAGAUGCCGAGUUUUAAGGAUGGAGGGACAGCCAAAGAGCAGCAUUACGGUCACUCACUGGGGUCGAGCGUGUUGCAGCUUGCUAGACCGAAGGCUUCCAAGGACGAUGGCAUUAAAGCACCUCCGAGACCCCAGGACCAAGCUGUCGUUCCGCCUGGGAACUCUUUCGCCAUUCCACCCCCUGGGAUCAAACGUCAAGGAGAAGAGAACGUGAUGCAUGAAAACCGUAUUUCACACGACAACAACAGAGCCCAGGGGGACAGGCCGUUUGGUCAACUGGUCCCACCAAAGGAGGUUAAUUUGGCUUUUGCGGCUCAGCCACCAGUUCGGCACAAAGAUGCACCCAUGAUUCGUUACACCCGGAUGAUGAAUAGCGUGCAGAACCAGGAUCCAGAAGCAGGACAGAACAUGCAAGGGCAACAGGGCCAUCCCGAAGCAUUUGAACCCAGGCUCAAGCUCCCAGCUGCUUCGGAAGAAGGACGGGUUUUGGAAAAAAAGCUCUCCAACAAGCAGGGCCAACCGGUGCAGAGCUGGCAAGAGAUUGUCAACAAAGGCAGCUCGCAGAUGAACGAUGGGAGGGCUCUUCCUUACCUGCAAAGGUAUCACCUGGAUACCGUAUCUGAGCCAGGCAGGACAGAUGGCAGUCGAGCACAGACGGAAACAGGGCGGCCGCGACACACCCUCUGGGGAGCUGAAAACGGAGGAGCAGAUGAGAGAGACCUGCACGCAGAUGGUGGCAUGACGAAGGAAGAAAACCACACAUACCUACAGAAGGAAGCAAUUAUCCAGAAACAGAUGGGACCUAAAGAUGUUGCUGACCCAGCUCAGGAUCCCAACAAUCAAGGGGAAGAUGAGUUUGAGGAGGCAGAACUGGAACGACCCAGCUUUGAAGAAAAAACAGAUCCAUCCAAACAACCCCACCAGACAAAUCGGCCGGCAAUUGCCGUGAGCAGGGAAAAAAUACCGAAGGGAGCCGAUCAGUCAAAUAAAGUUGCUGACAAUUUAAUGGACGAUUAUCAGGAGGACCAAGAACAGGAUCCUGAGGACCACGGAGGCGAGGUGGGUGACCCUGAAGAUUUGGAACCGUUCCACCAAGCCAAAGGCCAUGUUGGAGAUGCUGACAGGAAAGAGGACUACUUUUGACGAUGGGCUGGGAGGCAGCACCAAGCCACCCAAGGCUGAUCCAAACCAAAGAUUGCUGCAAAUAAACUUGGCGAGAGGCGGAGAAGUUAGCUCCAUCCAGUCUUCAGAGAGUCAUGGGCUGCCUUGACCAACAGAGAUACUCCAUUUCCCCACUUCCUGUGAGCGAGGGCAAGGAUUGACACGCAGUGCCCAACUUGUCAGAAUGCUACCGUGAAUACAAACAUCAGAAUGUCUCUUUGUGGGGGUAAGGAGCUCAAAAUAUCAAAAAAAAAAAUCAAAGGUUUUUUUUCCCCCCUUUGGAAGACUCCUACCCUCUUACUCUCAUUUGGACCAAGCCUGAUGUAACACAGAAAUACUGUUUGUUCGGGUUACUUGAGUUUCCUUUGGCCUCGUUUCAGAUUUACGUGACUGCCGUCAUCACCUUUAUAUGUAUGUACAUAUAUAAAAAGAGAAUCCAUUUGGUAACAA